AUGGCUCCAAAGACGAAGAAGACGAUCAGCAAGAAGCCUGCAAGCAAAGAGGUUGCCCAAAAGCCUCAUGCCGCCAAGCCGGGAUCUGCUUGCCAAAAGCCUCGAGUUUUCGGCAUGUCUUUCGCCAGGAUCUAUCCACUUUAUGUGCAGAAGGUCGAGAAGAAGGGGCGUAAGAAGAGCGACGUGGACCAGGCCAUUUGCUGGCUGACGGGCUACAGCCCGCAGAAGUUGAAGGAGCAGAUCCAGCUCGAGAAGGAUGUUGAGACCUUCUUCAACCAGGCACCCCGACCCAACCCCAAGGCCUCCAAGAUCACAGGGACCAUCUGUGGCGUCGUGAUUGAAGAAAUCAAGGACCUAGUGAUGCGCAAAGUUCGCGUUCUGGACAAGCUCGUGGAGGAGAUUGCCAAGGGCAAGCCCAUGGACGAAGUCCUGCGAAAGUAG